CUGGUGUCAGCUUGACGCGGAGCUGGGCCAGCAGGAGAUUGCCCUGUGGCGGUAGAAGGCCCAUAUUUCUCUACCUGGACCGCACGCCCUUCUCGCUAAAAGGGCAGAGCUCAAGAUAUGCUUUGAGGUCACAUUGGUAUGAAAUAUGGAGUCACCUUUAAUAACUUCACCUGGAAAAGAGUCUUCUUUCUUGUUAACAAAACAUAAGGAAAACAAAUGACCAAAGGAAUCAUACCAAAUGCUAACUCUGCAUCUUUUUGUAUCAUCUGUUUUUGAAACCAUCAAGACAAAUGACUUGUGCUUUAAAGAAUAUGAUUUCCUCAUCGAGGUUAUUUUUAACAAUUUUUAAAAAAUCUUUUAAUCUUUUUCAUCUUAAAUUGUACUCUUAGAAAAUUUAGCACCAAGAUUUUUAAAUCUUUAAGGCCUUGUUUAAAAUAGCUUGCUUGUUUAGUUUUCAGAACCUUAAUGCUUUUGUAUCCUAUUUUUACUUGACAAAGUCCUCAAAACUACAGCAUCAGGAAAGAUAUGGACUUGGAAACUUACAUUAUUGUAAUAGACUGGAGCAGAUUUAAGUGGACCAUUCAAGACCCUCUCCAUUUUAUCAUCAGAAGUAUCACAUAAGUACACACAUCUUAGCUUUAAUGCAAGCAAAGUUGCUUGAAAAUGGCAUGGGUAAAAUUCUUACGGAAACCUGGUGGCAAUCUUGGAAAAGCUUAUCAGCCUGGGAGUAUGCUGUCCCUGGCCCCUACCAAAGGCUUGUUGAAUGAACCAGGACAAAACAGCUGCUUUCUUAACAGUGCUGUACAGGUUUUAUGGCAAUUAGAUAUAUUCCGAAGAAGCUUGCGGGUUCUGACUGGACAUGUUUGUCAGGGAGAUGCCUGCAUAUUUUGUGCAUUGAAGACAAUAUUUGCACAGUUUCAACACAGUCGAGAGAAAGCCCUCCCCUCGGAUAACAUAAGGCACGCCCUUGCAGAGAGCUUCAGAGACGAGCAGCGGUUUCAGCUGGGCCUGAUGGACGACGCCGCAGAGUGCUUUGAAAAUAUACUGGAGAGGAUUCAUUUUCACAUAGUGCCAAGCAGAGACGCAGACAUGUGUACCUCCAAAUCUUGUAUCACUCACCAAAAGUUUGCUAUGACUCUGUAUGAGCAGUGUGUGUGUCGUAGCUGUGGAGCAUCAUCAGAUCCUCUACCCUUUACAGAAUUUGUACGGUACAUUUCUACAACAGCCCUGUGCAAUGAAGUUGAAAGAAUGAUGGAAAGGCAUGAGCGAUUUAAGCCUGAUAUGUUUGCAGAAUUGCUGCAAGCAGCAAAUACAACUGAUGACUACAGGAAAUGUCCUAGUAACUGUGGCCAAAAAAUAAAAAUUCGGCGUGUUUUAAUGAACUGUCCAGAGAUUGUUACAAUCGGUUUAGUCUGGGACUCUGAGCAUUCUGACUUGACUGAAGAUAUUGUUCGGAAUCUGGCAACCCAGCUCUAUCUUCCUGGGCUUUUUUAUAGAGUUACUGAUGAAAAUGCCAGAAAUAGUGAGCUUCACCUUGUUGGCAUGAUUUGCUACACCAGCCGACAUUACUGUGCCUUUGCUUUUCAUACCAAGAGCUCCAAAUGGGUCUUUUUCGAUGAUGCAAAUGUGAAAGAGGUUGGAAGUAGAUGGAAAGAUGUGGUCUCCAAGUGUAUCCGAUGCCAUUUCCAGCCAUUGCUUUUGUUUUAUGCGAACCCAGAUGGCACAGCAGUUUCCACUGAAGAUGCACUCAGGCAGGUCAUCAGCUGGUCACAUCAUAAAUCAAUUGCAGAAAAUAUAGGAUGUGAAAAGCCCUCGAUUUCUAAGUCAGAAAAUUCAAAAGAAAAUGGAUUUGGUGAUCAGACAAAACAGAGGGAAAAUCAGAAAUUUCAAGCAGAUAGCAUUUCAUCAUUUAAUCGGAGCCACAUUCAAACAAGUAGCGGUAGAGGACCAGUUAAGUCAAGUCACAGUGAUCAAAGGGAAAAAAUAAAAGACAUUUCCAGAGAAUGUGCUCUAAAAGCCAUUGAACAGAAAAACUUACUUUCCUCACAAAGGAAAGAUUUGGAGAGGGGACAGAGAAAAGAUUUGAGUAGACAUAGAGAUUUGGUUGAUGAAGACCCUCCACAUUUCAAGACUGGAUCACCUCCUACCCUAAAUGGCUUCAGACAGUAUGGGAAUCCACAUCUAUAUCAUAGUCAAGGGAAAGGACCAUGUAAGCAUGACCGAACUGCCCAUCAGAGUCGAACUUCUGCACAAACCUUAAGCUCAAGUAAAUCCCAGAUUCUUGCUUCAGGAGAGAAAAUAACUGGCAAAAGUAAGAGUGACAGUGGUACUGGGUAUGAUACAGACAGUAGCCAAGAUUCUCGCGAUAAAGGAAGCAGCUCUAAUGGCAGCAAUAAAAGCCGAAACCGAGGUUGGAAACCUAUGAGAGAAACGUUAAAUGUUGAUAGCAUUUUUAGUGAAAGUGAAAAAAGGCAGCAGAGUCCAAGGCAUAAAUCAAACAUCAGUAACAAGUCUAAAUGUAGCAAAGAUCAGAGUUUUAACAACUGGCCGAAAGAGAAUCCAAAGCAAAAGUGUUUAAUGACUAUAUAUGAAGAUGAAAUGAAGCAAGAAACGGGAAGCAGGACUUCCCUUGAAUUUAAUGGAAAAGUAGCAGAGAAAAAUAAAGCCCUCAGAGAAACUAAAGUUCAUGGUGACAACUGGCAGAUGCAAAGGACAGAGUCUGGAUAUGAAAGCAGUGAUCAUAUCAGUAAUGGCUCUGCUAAUUUGGACUCGCCUAUUAUUGAUGGAAAUGGUACCGUGGUGGAUAUCAGUGGUGAUAAAGAAACUGCAUUUUUCAGUGAUCAGAUUAAGACAAGCAACCUAAACACAGAACGUGUGAACUAUACCUCCCAACAGAGCAAAAAUCACUUAGAAGGCUUUAAAAGAGAACUCAAGAACUUAGACGUAGCCUCUAAAGCUCAUGAGUUCCACCCAGAAUCACACCUACAAAUAAAAAAUCCUUUGAUAAAAAGGUCACAUAUACAUGAAACCAAUGGAAAGACAUUCCCUUCAUUCAAUCCAGAAAUACUCAAGGACCACACAGUCAGAGAGCCUACCCACCAGUCAGAUGAACAGAAACUUGAAAAAUCAAGUGAACCCAAGUUUUCUGAGUGGCUUAAUAAAGAAAAGUCUGAGAGAACAGGUUUACUUUUUCACAUUGACGAUAACUCUGGUUCUGGAAAGAGAGGGAACAGUAAUGAAGCAGUCUCACCAUCUUCAUCACAGUCUUCACACAUGAGAACUGUGGGGUCAAAGCCAGAAACCGCUCCCCUCAUCCAGCAGCAAAAUAUGAUGGAACGAUGUUACUAUGAGAACUGUCUACCCAGGGAACCUCUGGUUCAGUCAACCUGUAGAUAUGACAGUUGUCAGAUGCCAAAACUUGUUUGCCAGAAUGCACCACCCCCUCUGCCACCAAAGAAAUAUGCUAUGACCAGUGUGCCACAGUCAGAGAAAAAUGAUUCUACUCCUGAUGUCAAAGUAGCAGAGGCGUUUAAGACUAACUCUUCUAGUCUUCUGAAGCACAGUCCAAGUACAGCCUCAGAGCCAGGCAUAGACAUGAGUCCGUAUGUGAACGAUGAAAGACUUAAGGAUACAUUUCAAGCAAAAGAGUAUGUCGGCAACACAUCAAACACCCCAUCCAGCUCUUCAACUAAAGAUUUUCAGGCAGACUCAGGUGUAGCUGUUGGUGCUUUCUGCCAGCCAGAAACAGACUCUAGUUCUACAUGUCCAAAUGAGACAAUUUCAUUAACUACCUAUUUUUCGGUUGAUAACUGCAUGACUGAUACAUAUAGAUUGAAAUACCAUCAGAGGCCCAAGCUUUGCUUUCCAGAGAGCAGUGGCUUUUGUAAUGAUAGUUCACUGUCUCAGAAUGAAAGAGAGCUAGGACCUGUGUUACAUAGUAGUUUUGGUUCAAACUGCCCUUCUGAGCAAAAACAUAAACCUGGUAUUCACUGUAAUAGAUAAAUGAUGACUCCGGUGGGCUUUUACUUCUCAGAGACCAUUUAAGAAUCAACUGAUCAAACCUAGUGCUAUAUGAAAUUAAAACCAUUGCAUUAUUAGUCAUUAAUCACUUUAACUUUCUAUACAGAUCUUUUAUCCUAUGAAAAUCAACUUAUUGGGUAUUUUGGAAAUUCCCUCUGAAUAGCCUUGGCAUGCCUCAAAAAAUAGAAAAUCAGGCUGUGUCCAGAAAGUCAUUUCUCACACGCUGCAGUUGAGUAAAAAUGUAAUUUGACGCUUUAUUUUUUGACUGGUAGACCCAUAAGUAUUAAACUAAGCAGUACUCAUAUGUAGACUGGUUAACUGUGCUCACCGAAAGAUAGCAGAUGGCAGGUAGUUUGCAUAGUCCAAGUAGUACUUGCUUUGUGAGGAAGCACUUUCUAAUGGGUAGCCAAAAGAAGGCUUCGCCCAUUUGCUUUUGACUUCUGUGAUAGUCUACUACAUAUGAUUCCUUAAGUGUCUUAAAAAAAAAAAAAUCAACCCAAGAAAUUGAUAGCAUUUCAGGAAAAAAGCCUUAAUGGUAAAGCAAUUUUUAAUUAAAUUCUCAAGGUCGGAAGAGACUUAAUUUUGCUCCUAGAAUUUUUACCUUCAGAAUAUCCUUUGUUGUAUGUAUUUAUAAACAUUACUUCAGUCGUGUAAGCUAAAAAUAAUUAAAAUACUUCACUUUAGUAUAUUUAUUUGUUACUUUUUUCUAGUUUUAUAUGAAAGGUUUUUAUUUUGGUUUGGUUUACUUUGGGCUGCUAGUAACCAGUGUUAGGGAUUAACCUAAAGCCUUUUUUUAAGACUAUCACUGUGACUGCCUAAAUUUUCCAUAGUACCUAUUUGUAGAUUGUCAGCCCAUUUUAAUGAUAUUCAGUCUUGAAUUUGAAAAUCAUUCUGGGUUUCCAGAUUAAAUAUUUGCUAUUCAUAUAGGUUUAAUUUUAAUGAAAUACAUUAAAUUGAGCAUCCUUCCCUUUUUUCUGCUUAAACAAUUUUCCCCACCUACUUUCACUGAGGCUUUCUUUAAAAUAAUUUUCCAUUUUAUCAUUACAAGUGGAAAUAAGUACUUUAAUUACCUUAUUUCAUAGUUGUUAUUUAAUUUUGUACUAAACUGGUAAACUAAUUGUGGUUUAGAAUAGUUUUAUAUUGUCCAUGCUAGAGAACUGAGAAUUUGCAUAAAUUUUAUAUAUAAAACAUAAUAAUUCUGUAAGUUAGUAAAUUCAAUAUUUUGACCAGUUCCAUAAAUUGUUAAAGUAUUCUAAAAUGUUAAUGAUUAAAACUGAAUAAUUCUAGAUAAGUAGAAAAUAAUUGCUUGUACAAGUCUAAGCUCACCCAGUUAUCAGAUCUUGAUCAAAUUUUGUCUUCCACCUAGAGAAGUUUCUAACUGUAACAGUAGGUGAUUAUUAUUUUAUAUUCUCUUAAUGUAGAAAUACUUGAAUAUCAACUAAGUACAAUUUUAUCUUUCAAGAAAGCUUUUUUUAACAUAGCUUUUAGUAUGGAAGUUUUGUAAAUAUUGUAAAGUUUGUAAAAUUGUACUUGAAAUGUCGUCAGUGUAUUUAAUUACUGCUUUUAUAAUAUUGUAAAAUACUAGAAAAAUGAGCUUCAAGUAUUUUUAAUAAUUUUCAAAAACUUUGUGUAGUUUGUUUUUAUGUCCAGUUGAAAAUGUAUUAUUUGAAACAUUUAAACUGAUUUCUGAUACUUAACAACAAUCUCAUAGGUUUGUAUGAAGUUUAACUCACAAUCGAGUUGCAGACAUCACCCAGAAAUGUCUGAUUCUGGGGCUUUUUAAAGUACUGCUGUCCAGUUAAAACCUCCUGCAUUAUACUGUAGUACUAACAAACUAGAAACUGACCGUUUGUUUUUGUUGACACAACACUCCAAAUAUAGACAGAAUAUGUAUUUACUAAUAA